GUCCCAUCCAAUUUGAUCAAAAAGCGACCCUAGUACUUCAGACUGUCAUGACGCGGCCCAUCAAGGAGACGUUCGACGCGCAGGGGUUCGUUAUCAUACCCAACCUCGUUCCCUCCGAUCUGCGUGUUGAGCUCGAACAAGCCUCGGAGAAUGUCAUUUCCAAGACUCGAUCGGGAGCCUGGCAGCACAGACGCGUUGUUGGGAAGCAGUUCCCACCUUACGGGAAUGACGGUGUCGAUUCGUGGGGAGUGCAGCAUGUCAUGCACCCUGAUCUCGGAGAACCGGCGUUUGCGAACUGGUAUUCAUCGCACAAAUUGAGGGAAGCAGUAAAGGAACUGUUGGGUUGUUCAGACGACGACCUCCAGAUGGAGUUGUUCAAUCUACUCAUCAACCCCGAAUCUCACGAGUUCGCCUUGCGAUGGCAUCGAGAUGAUGUCAAAGCAACAGCUUCUGAAGAGGAAGAGCGCGAAGCUCUCGCUGUUUGGCAUCAUGGAAUCCAAUGGAAUACGGCGCUCUAUGAGGACUCAUGUCUUUUCGUUGUCCCAGAAUCGCACAAGUCUCCGAGAACAAAUGAGCAGAGAUCUCAGUCUAGCACACCAGAUCCACCUGUCGAUCCUUUGACAAUGCCCAACGCAAUCCGGGUCACGUUGCAGCCCGGAGAGACCGUUUUCUAUAAUAACAAUAUUCUUCACUGCGCAACAUACAACUCCCAGGCCAAACGAGCCACAUUGCAUGCAUCGAUGGGUGACACGCGUGGUGGUGCCGCCCGUGCACGCAAUAUACUCCAGCAUGGC